UUUACCAUUUUGUUGGGGAGAAAUGGAUAUGAGUGGCACUGAUAAUUUUCAACAAGAAAAAAGGAACGAAGAUCUUAGGAACUCUUAUGCAAGUGACAUUUAAUCCGAAAGACACCAACACAUUUGCAAGUGCAUCUCUUGAUUGCACUAUAAAGAUUUGGAAUCUUGGCUCUCCUGACCCAAAUUUUACAUUGGAUGCCCAUUUGAAAGGGGUAAAUUGUGUUGAUUACUUCACAGGUGGUGACAAGCCUUAUCUUAUAACUGGUUCUGAUGAUCAUAGUGCAAAGGUUUGCUGCCUGUUUUCCUUUUUCUUCUUCUUCCUUGUUGGGUUCAUGUACAUGUACAAUGUGAAAAUAUUUUUGGCUAUAUUCUUUGAAAACUGGUGUGGGACUAUCAAACCAAAAGUUGUGUCCAGACACUAGACGGACACACCCACA